GUUAUAAGUAUGCCUACUGGCCAUGGAGGAAAGGAACAACAAAACUCCCAACUGAAAGUCGAGGGAGGAUAAAAUACCUCUGGGGCUCCAAGUGCCAGUGGCUGCCCACCCACCGUUCCUGGGCGUUCUAGAUUAAAUCAAGACUUCUAAAUCAGAUUACAGGUAAUAAUGGCAUUGUUGCUGUAUGGUAGCUUGCUCUCUCUGUUCACCAAGGUAUGUUUCAUCGAUCAUGGCGGUUGGUCAUCAUCUUCAUUAGCACGUGUAUUUCUCUGAAGCUACGUACAACUCGGUGUAAACGUGCAUUUCACCAACCGACAUAGAGAUAGAUGCACUUGCAGACAUGUUAUUUGCAGAGUCCAGUCUCUUAGUCUGAUGUCACCAUUUAAACUAGCAUGUAUUACAUGGCUAGUUCUGUAAGCACCUGUUAGAUUGUAUAAAGGUAAUGCGGUAAAUAAUGUAAUGCAAAUUUACAGAAUAGACAGGCGAUCCAAAGAGGAGUGGGUAUGAAAGAUGCAUUUUGGGACCCUUCCUGAACAUUGAGAGGCAUUCAGCAGUUCUGGUUGAUGAAAGGGCCCUGUUGCACCACAUUGGAGCCAGAACUGAGAAUCUUCUGACUUUUGAUUUUGGAUCUGUAGUGAGUGGGACCACCGAGCAGCCAGAGGUGGAAGAACAUAGUAAGCUAGCAGGAGCAUAGCGAUGCGUACUGUUCUGCGUUGCACCCUGGUCUCCGGAGAAAUGACAUUUUGUUCCACUGUGCACAAGUUACAGUAUAUAGAGGAACGACAAUAAAAACCACUUGAACUUGAUCGGGUGCUGUAGCUAUCGGGGUUCAGAUCCAUUAAUGGUCUGGUGGGUCGUGACCAGUGUCUUGAAACUGAUGCGGGCAGAAACAGGAAGCCAAUGGAGAGGGAUGAGGAGGUGAGAGACAGAGCAACGCUUUGGCAGGUCAAACGCAACUUGUACCGCGGUAUUCUGCACCAGCCGGAGAGGCCUGGAGAUGGCGGACACUGGAAGGCCAGACAGGAGAAAGUGGCAGUCGCACAGGCGGGAUAAUCGCCGCGAUGUGGAACAGGAGCUGUGUAAUUUGUUGUGAGAAAAUGGCGGAUCCUGUCAAUUUUACGCAGGAUGUAUCUGCGGGUUCAGGCUAUGGGUUAGACGUGUCGGGAGAACCAGAGACGCGAGUCGAUCGUUAUUCCUGGGCUCUCGGUCAACAAAGCAGGCGAAAUGAGCAAGGGUUCCGCUUUGAUUGAGAGUUCAGAAUGCGGACGAACCAGUUGGGUUGGAGAGGUUCGCUCGUAGAUGAUCAUCAGUCGUCCGAGCCGAGAUGUCACAGAGACACAGGUGACGCGUGAGGAAAUGUCUGUAGCUGCAGGAGGAAAGAGGAAGAGCUGGGUAUCGUCAGCACAGCAGCGAUAGGAGAAUCGGUAGGAGGCGAAGACAGAGCUGAAGGAAGAGGUGUAGAGGGAGAAGAGUAAGGGUCCCGGCACUGAGCCCUGAGGAACACCGGCUGAGAGACGCUCAGGAGAAGACAGGGAGUCACGUCAGACCACGUGAUACGAUCUACCUGAUAGGUACCCUGAGCUCCAUGGCAACUGCAGGUCAGAUCAGCGAAUGGUCAUGUGAUCGCUGUACGUUCCUGAAUACUGGCAGCACCUCCUGCUGCAGGAUUUGUGAGGCACCCUGCCAAAACCCCAAACUUCGGCACGCGCACUGGCUCAGCAGUGUGGAGACACCCCACUGGCCAUGCCCCCGGUGCACAUUUGCCAACCCCUCUGACUUGGCAGUGUGCUUUGCCUGCGACUCUGCUCCCGCCCCCAGUGCCCCCCCAGCUGAGCCCAAGGAGGCUUGCAUACAGGAUGCAAAUGGAACAGGUGACUCUGCGGUGCCUCAGCCAGGUUGGACCUGCUCUCGCUGCACCCUUUGCAACACGCCUUCGGCUCAGUCGUGCUCUGCUUGCGGGGGUCCGCGCCUGCUCCUGCUGCCCACAGUACCCCCGGAGCCUCUGCAGGAGGUCCAUGUACCAGCAGUGGAGACGUCAUCCCGGCGAACUGUGCCUCCUGCAAAGGCCACUGCCUGGGCAAAUGACUCUCCAGCGCUGCACUUGGAGCCAGAGGUUCCAAAACCAGUGCCACGCCCCCGGAGAAAGGUUCAGCAGUCAGGGAAGCCUCCUGGCCCAGAGUUGAGCCUCCCUAUGCUCGACACCCUCAGCGAAGGACCCCUGCGGCCCCCCUUGCCUCCGCAGCACAAGUCCCGACCUGCAGAGUCUGUCCUGCCCAAUCAGCUGGAAACACUGGAGGAGCAGGAGCCCCAGGACUCAACAUCCUCACAGCUUGGGCCACAGAGCUUCUCCAGCAAUGAUACGCAGGGGCAGCCAUCCGUGGACUCAAGCACGUGGGUGUGUUCCAGAUGUACGCUGCAGAACCCUGGCAGCACCUCCCUCUGCAGCGUCUGUGACAGUGCAUCGCAGCACGGCCACCGGGACUCCAGCCCCGGCUCUACUGCUGCCCAGAGAACGUGGUCCUGCCCGGCAUGCACGCUGUUCAAUAGCGUGCAGAACAAGCACUGCUCGGCGUGCCACACGGCACAGCAGUACCUGACACUGCGCAAGACAAAACCGCUGCGUCGCAGGAAGAGCGUGCACAUUGAGGCACGCCGCCGCAAUGAUGAGGGCGAGGCCAGGGAGCUGUGGGAGAACAUUGUCACGUUCUGCCGAGAGAAUGCCCUGCACUUUGUGGACGAUAGCUUCCCACCUGGACCUGGGUCCGUUGGCUUCCCCAAUGGAGACAAGGUGCAGCAGCGCGUCAACAAGUGGCGGCGUCCUCACGAAAUCAACUGCAGCAAUUUCAAAGAGCGAGGCAUCAAGUGGAGUGUGUUCCGCACUCCGCUACCAUCUGACAUCCAACAGGGGCUGCUGGGCAACUGCUGGUUCCUCAGUGCCCUAGCAGUUUUGGCUGAGCGCCCUGACCUUGUGCAGCGUGUCAUGAUCACGCGGGAGAUCUGCCCCGAGGGGGCAUACCAGGUACGCCUGUGCAAGGAUGGCACGUGGACCACGGUGCUGGUGGAUGACAUGCUGCCGUGCGACGAGAGUGGCUUCCUGCUCUUCUCGCAGGCUCAGCGCCGCCAGCUCUGGGUUGCCCUCAUUGAGAAAGCGUUGGCCAAGCUGCACGGCUCCUAUUUCGCCCUCCAGGCGGGCCGAGCCAUCGAAGGCCUCGCUACCCUCACUGGCGCCCCGUGCGAGUCUGUCACGCUGCAAGGGAGUUUGAGCAAGAUGCGCGAAGAGCCCAUCGAUCACGACCUAAUCUGGGCCAAGAUGCUGAGCUCCAAAGAGGCCGGGUUCUUAAUUGGUGCCUCCUGUGGGGGGGGCAACAUGAAGGCGGACGACAGCGUGUUUGAAUUUGUGGGUCUGCAGGCGCGGCACGCUUACUCCAUCCUGGACGUGCAGGAUGUGGAGGGACACAGGCUGCUGCGCCUGCGGAACCCCUGGGGUCGGUUCUCCUGGAAGGGCAGCUGGUCGGACGAGUGGCCGGAGUGGCCACAACAUCUGCGCCACAAGCUCAUGGCCCAUGGCAACAGAGAAGGUGUCUUCUGGAUGGAAUACAGAGACUUCCUCAAGUACUUUGAUUCGGUGGACAUCUGUAAGGUGCACUCGGACUGGUACGAGGUACGCGUGCAGGGCUGCUUCCCGAACCAGGCGAGCGGUCCCCACACAGUGACGGCACUGACCGUGCUCGAGAGAACUGCACUAGAGUUUGCGCUUUAUCAGGAGAGUCAUCGCUGUGCAGAUGCUGCAGACGGCCACCUGCUGGACCUGUGCAUCCUUGUGUUCCGAGCAUCCUUCGAUGACGGCGGGAAGCCCACGUUGGUACGGCUGCUGGCCCACAGCAAACGUGGCGUCAAGAAUUUUGUUAGCUGCGAUGUCAUGCUGGAGCCUGGGGAGUACGCCGUGCUGUGCUGCGCCUUCAACCACUGGCGGUCAGAUGGCACGAUGAAGAGCAAGCCAGCUGUAUUGACACCAGCCAGCAAGGGGAGAUCUAGGCGAGAAUGUCCAGGUUACGUCCUGGCAAUCUACAGCUCUCGGCAAGUAAUGGUAGAGCAGGUGCAGAGCAAGACGACCACCUUAGCAGACGCCAUCAUCCUGCUGAUGGAGAACGAGGGCGAAAGGCACGAGGGCCGUGAUGGGGUGACAUGUUACUACCUGACAUACGGCUGGGCAGGCCUGCUAGUGGUCGCGGAGAACCGUCAUCCGAAACAUUACCUGCACGUGUCCUGUGACUGCACGGAUAGCUCCAAUGUGGUGUCUACCCGUGGAAGCCUGAAGACCAUUGACAGCAUCCCGCCGCUACACAGGCAGGUGCUGGUGGUCCUGUCUCAGCUUGAGGGCACCGCUGGUUUCUCCAUCACGCACAGACUGACUCACCGCAAGGCUGUUCACGCCUCCCUGGGCGACUGGGCACCAUCUAAAGCCACCCACAGCCCUCCGAUCACCCCGAGCAUCGAUGGGCUGCAUCGGCUUCGCCCCCUCUGAGCACAGCCACACCCCCUGCGGGUCUGCCAUGAGGACCUCUCUGAGGACCUCUGUCUUCACCUGGUCGUGUUCAGCCAAAAGCGUGCUGCGGUACACACUGGGCUUCUGCAAGGCUCACGGUGUAGCUCACUGGGGACAGGAGCGGGGCCUCCUUCCACACGGCCUCAUUUCUCCUCCACAGAAUAAGACCCUGUGUUCCAUGUGGGGCUGCUCGCAGGGCUGCGCUGGCCCGGCUCAAAGUGGAUCGGCACGCACGCUUGUGCCACGCUGAGAAUCUUAGGAUUUCCACAGGCCAUCUGUACAAAAGGUAGCACAAAUGGCUGGGGGAUGAUGCGCUGUGGUCCAGCUGUGUCUCACAUGGUGUCCCAACCCACAGAGUGAUGGAAGAGCCCAUGAUGGACUCAGCGAUGGUCAAAAAUUAGCUGCACAAGUUUUGAAUCGGUUUUAACCUGAUGAAUUCAGAAACCCUUAUGUCACCGUGUUCGAAAUUGACUUAAUGGUUGUUUUGCUUACAUUUUUACACAAAUGUGUAAUCUCUUGCAGUACAUGACAUUUGGUGUGCUUUUUUUAGUGUCAGGAACAGUGGCUACCAGAUUGGUGAAGGGCUGUAAAGAAAUGAAAAUUUUCAAUUCAUUAUCAAGUAUGAAAAAAAAAAAAAUUGCAAGGAUUUAGUUUUUUAUAUUAGCAAUGUAUUGUUUUUGUUAUACCCCGUAAUCACUCUUCCUGUCAAUACCCAAGAGUUCAACUGACACUGUCUGUUACGCUGGAGUUUUGACAUUUUUUCCUUGUAUGCACGAUGAAUAUUAUUUAAUCAUGAACACUAACUACUCCACAGCUGUCUUGGGCCGCUCUGCUGUACAGGUGAGAGGUGUGUUUGGUGUGUUCUGCGUUGCCUUGUUCAUCGCUCUGUUUUAAAAUGAAGGUCUGUGUAGAUUAAAUA